CUCUCCGCUGCACACCAAAACAGAGACAGCAGGUGUCAGGCCGUCAGGGCACAGGGCUAGGUGCAGGACACGCAGCGGAAGCCAAACGCCACGCGUCCAUGCCUUCCUCUUCCUCUUCCUCCUUCGGCGUCGCCCGCGCCACCAACACCAACCCCGACGCUGCUGCCGUGAUGCCGUCGAGGCUGCGGACGGGGCGGGGACGCCGCGAAGCGACGCGCCCCGAGGACUUCGCCUCGUUCCUGCGCACCCAGGACGAGAUCGACGCACUCUGCAACCACCACGGCGUCCCCAAGGACUUCACCGCGCGCCCCGCCGGCGACCUGCGCGCGAACGCGACGCCUCCACGGGGGGCCAUCUGCGUGUACGCGCCCGCGCUGGAUGCCGGGCUGCGCGUUCCGCUGCACGCCUUCGUCCGCGAGGCGCUCGCCCACUUCGGCAUCGCGCCGGCCCAGCUCACGCCCAACGGGUGGCGCAUGAUGGCGGGGUUCCUCGCGCUCUGCCGCUCCGAUGGCGUCCCGCCGUCGCUCGCCGUGUUCCGGUACUUCUUCCAGCUGUCCGUCGUCUGCAAAAGCCAGAAUAAAGGCUGGUACUGCUUCCGAUCCAGGGACAGCUCUGGCUUGCGUUUCACGGGGAUGCCGCCCCAGAGUUACAUUGCCUUCAAGCACUGGAAAAGCGAGUUCUUCUUCCUCUCCUCGCCGGAGCCGUGGCCUUGCCCCGUGGAGUGGGGCGAGCCGUCAGAAAGCUCCUUCGUAACCCCAGUGCUCACCGGUGUCGAAAAGAGAUCGGCGGCGAAGUUGCUUCGUGACCACGGUGGUGCCGCCAUUGAUCUCAGGACGUUCCUCAACCCUGCAGCCGCCAUGAUUGCCACCGCAUUCGCAGUGCAGCCAGCGCCGCCGCAGCCUACUUCUUCGACUACUUGUAUUGUUUCCAGACCCGAAGGUAUGGAUCCUUUUGUCCACGCCAUGGUGAAGACUAUGCUGGCAGAGAAGGCAGCGGCGCAAGCGUCGGCAUCGCCGAAGAAGGUGAAAGCCGAACCGGGCAGCAAAGCAGCAGUGUCGCCGCCGUUGUGCGGGAAGAAGAGGAGCCUGGAGGAAGCCAAAGACAAGGAGUGUUCGCCACCGCCAGGCUUCUCCCGGAAGCCACGACGCUUUCCCAGCAGGCACGACGGAGACGGCACGGACUGGGUGGCUACACGGGAGCAGCUCGCCUCGGCAAAGCGGGAUGCGGAGGGGAAGGCGAUGCUCGAGCUCGCCGCGACGCGGGCGGAGCUGGCGAAGGCAAAAGCCCGGCUCGCCGCGGCGGAGGCUGAGCUUGUAAAUGCCAAGGCCGAGCUCACAGCAGCGAAGGCGAGGCCCGAGCUCGCCGUGGAGCAGGCGAAGGCCAGACUCGCCGCGGCGAAGCGUGCGCUGGAGGAGGAGCUGGAGAGCGUCAAGGCGGCGGCGGUGCACCAGCUCCUGUGCUGCGAGGAGCACGUGCGGCGGCGCGCGGAGCAUGCGCUGGAGGGGUACCGGCGCUGGCGAACUGCUCGUGCUCCGGUUGCUCGUGUCGCUUGGUUAGCUCGGUGAUCAGAUUUUUUGAUUGGAAAUGUUCUUGAUGCUUCAGGUUCCGUUAAUCGGCGGCACGUCAGUGGAGAUCAGGAACAAAUCUUUUGCUUGAUCCAAUCUAUGCUCUCAGUUCCUCAAAGCCGAAGAUACCUCACUCAUGUACUCCACUGACGCUUCACUAAUUUCUUGCAUGUUCUAUCCGAGAGAUCAGCUCUCGAUGAAACAGGGGAAACA